AUGCACAUCAAAAAAAAAUUCGAAUCCGGAGCUGCUACCAAUUAUAUCACUCGGGGACGAGCGCUGAAAAAACUGCAGUUGUCAUUGAAGGAUUUUCGUCGCCUUUGCAUCUUAAAAGGAGUUUAUCCUCAUGAACCGUUGCAUAAAAAGAAAGUUAACAAGGGGUCAACAGAAAAUCGAGUGUACUAUUAUGCUAAAGACAUCAACUUUCUUGCUUCUGAACCAAUUAUUAGAAAAUUCCGGGAAUAUAAGAUAUUCUUGAGAAAGCUGACUACGGCAAAAGCGAAGCGAGAUGAAGAACGUAUCAAAACAUUAUACGAAAAUCGUCCUGAAUAUCAACUGGAUCAUAUUGUGAAAGAAAGAUAUCCGACGUUCGAAUCAGCGCUGCGGGAUCUGGAUGAUGCGUUAUGUUUGCUGUUUGCUUUUGCAGUUUUGCCUCAUACAAAAAUUAUUACUAGCUCCUUAGUGGCUUCAUCUCGAAGGCUAACAGCAGAAUUCAAUCAUUAUAUCAUCGAAUCGAAUUCGCUGAAUAAGGUUUUUGUUUCAAUUAAAGGGAUUUAUUAUGAAGCAGAAGUGAUGGGUGAACGAGUAACAUGGAUUGUAGGUCAUGAUAGAGGCAUGGGACAUGUGAGUGAGGUAGAUUUUUCCGUGAUGGCAACAUUUGCGGAAUUUUAUGUUACAAUGCUCGAAUUCGUCAACUUUCGACUUUAUCAGUCAGUUGGACUGUUUUAUCCGCCUAAACUUGCUUUUAAAUCGGACAAGCUUGAAGACGAUGAUCAAGCUGAAGAAGGAAGAGUAUAUAGUUUAGCGUGUCCACUGUCGAAAUUUGAAAAUUAUGAGGAACAAAUUGAUGCCAGUAUCGGUGAUGAAGUCGAUAAUGUACUCAACGAAAAGUUAUGCGAUGUCGAAAAGAGAAAACAGCUGUUUGCAAACUAUCGUUUUUGGUUAAAUCGUGAAGUCCCAAAGGAUGUUCUUGCAAUUAUUAUAAGAAGCUGUGGUGGCUUGGUUUCCUGGGAAAAUUGUCCAGCGGCACAGUAUUAUGAAAAUGAUGCUCAGAUUACCCACCAGAUAGUGGACAGACCACUACUUGACAGUCAUAAAAAUAUUAGCAGAUGUUACGUACAACCGCAGUGGGUUUUCGACAGUUUUAAUAGACGAAGUUGCCUUUCAAUAAAGAAGUAUCUUCCCGGUGCAAUACUGCCACCUCACUUGUCACCUUUUUCCAGUGAUUAUGACACUUAUGAAGAGCAGCUCAACCAGUUGAGGCUAUUAAGCAAAGCAUCGGCAAACGUGACCAACAGAAUGGAAACUGAGGCAGAAAACAAAGUGCAAGAAAGGAAAAAAAUUCAAAAAGAAAAGGAAGUACCAAUUAUAAACGUCAACAAAGGUCGAAUGCAUAAAGAAAAUUUGCAGAAGAAACUAAACGAAAAGGGACAUGAACUCAAACUACGUGAAAUGCUCAUACCGAAAAAGCGUAGACGAGUGUAUUCCAAAAUCAAGCGAGGAAUUAAACGUCGAGUUCACGAAGAGAAGAAAUUAAAUGAGAAAAGAUUGAAAAUGUUGAAAGCAGCGGAUUGA